ACACAUGGUACCUUAUUUCUCUGCCCAAAUUCUACACUUAUCUAACUGGAUUUGAUUCGCAAGGAGCAGCCAUGAAGGUGAAGGUCGUGAGUAAAAGGCUGGUGAAACCACGCACCCCAACUCCACAAAACCUCAAAACCUACAAGAUCUCAUUCAUGGACGAACUCAACCCGACCAUGCACGUUGUCGGAAUGUUCUACUACAAAUCCCCGGCCUCCGCGGCAGCGAAUCUCGAUCAUCUCCAAGACACUCUAUCAUCAAUCCUGCCCGCUUUCUACCCUUUCGCAGGGCGAUACAUGAAGCAACACCGCGUCGUUGAUUGCAGCGACCAAGGCGCUCUCCUCAUCGAGGCGAACGUUGAUCUCCAGCUCCUCGAGGUCAUGAAUCUUGACGCUGUCGAGGAGCUCAACGACAUUUUACCCUGCGAAAUCGGGGAAGCGGACGAGGAAACCGACCCGAUUUUGCUCGUCCAGCUCACCAGGUUCAAAUGUGGUGGUGUGGCUAUUAGUAUAUGCAUUUCGCAUAGGGUCAUCGACGCUGGCUCCCUGGGCACGUUCAUCUCUGCAUGGACGAACACUGCCCGUGGAGAAACCAGGGAAGAGAUCUGUCCAGUCUUCAACGGACCAGUUUUCUUCCCUGGGAGGAAUUUCCCUGCCCCUGAGUUUGGGACAACUCGGGACAGGGAAAAUGGCCUCUAUAGCAUCAUAUGCAAGAGGUUCCUGUUUAACAAAAAUACAAUUUCAAGCCUCAAAGAAAAGGUUGGCAAGACCUCUGAGCAACCCCGUCCUCCUUCAAGGAUCGGGGUUGUUUCCGGGCUGAUAGUCAAGGCCAUUGACCGGGCCCGGGCCCAUGUGGGCCCGGCCACGGAUCUGGUCGUGGCGCAGGCUGUCAACAUCAGGGAGAGGACCGUGCCCCCGCUGGCAAAACAUUCUUGUGGAAAUUUGGUAGCUCUGUCGAUCACUAAGCUCACUGCGGAGGAAUCAAAGAAGAUGGGAGUCGAAGACUAUGUUCGCGUGCUAGGGAGCGACGCGAGGAAGACAGUGCGCGAUUGUGCGGGAUUGAUAAGUGAGGAAGGGAAGAGAUCUUGGAUCCAGAUGUCUCAUGAGGUGUCGGAGAUGUCUCUGAGGGAGGAUGUGAAUGUUGUGUGGGUGACGGAUUGGAGCAAGUUUGGAUUCUACGAGGCCGAUUUCGGGUGGGGGAAGCCGGAGUGGGCGAGUGUGGCGAAUGUGAUGGUGAAGAAUCAUGUUACUUUGAUGGACACCAAAGAGGGAGAUGGGAUUGAGGCAUGGGUGCAGCUUGAAGACACUGAGAUGCCUUAUUUCGAAAACCAGAUUCGAAACUUCAUCUCUGCUUAGUUUGAUUACUUUAUCCCAUUGUCAUAGUUUGUGUUUUCCGUUCCCUUGUUUGAUCAAAUAAUGCCUUCUUCUUCUUCUUCCGAGGAAGUUCCAACGUCGAUUUGGAGAAGGCCUACAAUGUACUAUUACUAUGUGUGCGGUUACUUGUAUCGAAAUCCUGUCGUUAUCUAAUGAUACAGAGCUGAAAUUAUAGAUA